AUGAAUGCGGUUGGAAGACGAGCACCAUGGGCUCGAGAAGGAGCUCCAGUCGUUUUGGCGAGCAUCUUUUCAUUCGCAUUUCUGCUGCUGCCGAUAUUGCCUAUCCUUACGGCCUGUAAUGAGGAGGCAACGUACUUGGGAAGGUUUCGCUCGAAAAGGAGGUUCAUGUCGGGAAGUGCCAUGCGCGGAAGCGGCAGGUCGAAACCGUACUCGGAGCAGGAAUAUAAGGAUUGUUUGGCCAGGCAACCGUAUCGAUGGACAGUUUAUGCGAUUUACGUGAUUUUGUGGAUGCUCGUCUGUUCCCUCGCCUUCCUCGCAUAUACAACCAUGCGAGCCGGCCCACAAUCGCGAGCUACUCGCAUCAUUGUCGGCAGUCUCCUCCCCCUAUCAAUCGUCUGCGCCACCGGGUUGGCCAUUGGGCUGACGGUAGAAUCAUUUGAU